AUGGUCUCCAGCACAGCGCUGAUCCUGCAGGGUGCGUUGGCGCGCGCACCCGAGAGUGCUCCUGGGGCCGGCUGGAUGCGGCUUCAUCCCCUCUUUAUGGGAUUGGCCUUCUCGCUGAUGAUCAGUCUGGGCUUUUGGAUGUACAACUAUGAGGACCUCCCUGGUGAGUGGAUUGACACCCGCCAGUCGCGCCGGAAGACGCAUGCCUUUUGCCAGGCCACUGGUGCAGUCUUGGCGGGCAUUGGUUUCUUCGUGAACUACCAGGCCCAUAGCGAGACGAAGGAGGCGCUCUUCGAACUGUCCAGCUUCUCUGAGGGCGAAGUUUGGCUGCGCUUGGCGCACAUCUUCGUGGGCUACGCUUGUUUACUGGGGCUGUUGAUCCAAGUGGGCUUGGGCAUCAUGAAGUAUCGGAUCUUGGUGGAUGACAAUGACGACAAUGACGGAGAAUGGUCGGUGCACGAGCUCAUGGGAAAUGCCGUCUUCGGCCUGGCCAACCUCAACUUGUUGACGGGCUUGUGGAUGUGGAAGGAGUACUCCAUUGCCGUUCGUGCCAUCGUCUCCUUGGCGCUGGUCACGAGCUUGGUCUUUGGCCCCCGCUGGGACGGCACGCGGGGCUUCCUCAGCAACGAGCCGAAGGUCGUGCAAGCGCGGCAUGCUGGAGGCCUGAGAUGCCGAAGGUCGUGCACUGGGGGUGGGUGGGGGGAUUGGACGCGGGGGGCGGAUGAUGUAAGAAUGGACGUUUUACAGCUUACAGUCAAAGUCAAAGAUCAUCUUAUUUGUAACAUUUAG